AUGCCAGCUCUCAGCCCCAACGCACUCGCUUCCCUUCUCGAGUCCGCCGUCUCGACUCGCCAUGCUUUUCUAGGCAGAGCCACCCAUGCCCAGAUCAUCAAGACGCUGCUUGCCUCACAGCAUCCCAUUCCUUUCCUCGACAACCACCUGGUCAACUUCUACUCCAAAAUUGACCUCCCGGGUCCGGCCGAGCUCGUUCUCCGGCGUGCAUCCUCGCGCUCCGUCGUCACCUGGACUUCCCUCAUCUCCGGAUGCGUCCAGAACGGCCACUUCUCCGUCGCCCUCCAGCACUUCGCUAGCAUGCGCCACGAGGACAUUCUGCCAAACGAUUUCACCUUCCCCUGCGCGUUUAAAGCUGCGGCUUCGCUCAAGCUUCAGUGCAUAGGACGGCAGGUCCACGCGUUGGCUGUCAAGAUAGGGCAGAUCGCCAGUGUCUUUGUUGGGUGCGGAGCGUUUGAUAUGUAUUCCAAGAUUGGGUUGGUGAGUGAAGCCGGGAAACUGUUCGAUGAAAUGCCUGAACGGAACAUUGUCACGUGGAAUGCGUAUAUUUCGAACGCGGUGCUGGACGGGAGGCCCAUGGUUGGUGUAUCCGCGUUCGUUGAAUUUCGUCGGGCUGGGGUUGGAGAGCCUGAUGCGAUAACUUUGUGUGCGUUUCUGAAUGCAUGUGCUGAUACGUUGAACUUGGUGUUGGGGAGGCAAUUACACGGGUUCUUGAUUAGGGGUGGGUUUGAGGAUGAUGUCUCGGUUUCGAAUGGGCUUAUUGAUUGUUAUGGAAAGUGUAAGGAGGUUGGACUAGCUGAGAUGGUUUUUGAUGGAAUGGAGAGGAGGAACUUGGUGUCGUGGGGUUCCAUGGUAGCUACAUACGAACAGAAUGGUGAAAAGGAGAAAGCUUGUAUGGUGUUUAUGGAGUGCAGGAAAGAAGGGUUUGAGCCAACUGACUAUUUGAUUUCUAGUGUGAUCAGUGCUUGUGCAGAGCUUGCCGGACUAGAAAUGGGCAGGUCAGUCCAUGCACUUGCUGUUAAAUCAUGUGUGGAUGCUGAUAUUUUCGUCGGAAGUGCCCUGGUAGACAUGUAUGGAAAAUGUGGAAGCAUCAGUGAUGCUAAGCAGACCUUUGAUGAGAUGCCUGAGAAGAACUUGUUUGCUUGGAAUGCAAUGAUCAGCGGAUAUGCACACCAAGGACAUGCUGAUAUGGCCAUUGCACUAUUUAAGCAGAUGACAUCUAAGGUUGCUCCGAACUAUGUGACGUUUGUCUGUGUCUUGUCAGCUUGUAGUCGAGGAGGGGUAGUCGAGACUGGCAUGGAUGUUUAUGAGUCGAUGAGGAAGAGGUAUCACAUUGAACCGGGACCCGAGCAUUAUGCCUGCGUCGUGGACAUGUUGGCUCGAUCUGGAAUGGUAGAGCGGGCCUAUGAUUUUGUAAAAAGAUUGCCCAUUAGACCAACUAUCUCCAUCUGGGGAGCUCUUUUAAAUGCUUGCAGGGUGCAUGGGAAGCCAGAGAUUGGGAAAGUGGCUGCUGAUAAGCUAUUUGAACUCGAUCCAAAAGAUUCUGGCAAUCAUGUCCUGCUGUCAAAUAUGUUUGUUGCUGCUGGCAGAUGGGAUGAAGCUACUCUUGUGAGAAGAGAAAUGAAUGAUGUUGGAAUGAAGAAAGAUGCAGGCUGUAGUUGGAUUACAGCUCAAAGUAGAGUCCAUUUCUUCCAAGCUAAAGACACAUGCCAUGAGAGAAAUUCUGAGAUUCAAGACAUGCUGGCUAAGUUGAAGCAGCAAAUGGAAGCUUCUGGCUACAUCCCAGACACAAGCUAUGCUCUUCAUGAUUUAGAAGAAGAAGAGAAAUCAACGGAAGUUUGGCAUCACAGUGAGAAAAUCGCUUUGGCAUUCGGACUCAUAGCCAUCCCACAUGGAGUACCCAUUAGAAUUAUGAAGAAUCUGAGAAUCUGUGGCGAUUGCCACAGCGCCUUCAAGUGCAUCUCAGCCAUUGUUGGCAGAGAAAUACUGGUGAGGGACAAUAACAGAUUUCAUCGGUUCUGGGAUGGCCAAUGCUCUUGUAAAGAUUAUUGGUGAUGAGAUGAAGAAAUCUGGCUGAAUUAAACUAAGGAUGGCACCGAAGAGCUUCAUCAGAACAGAAGAACUGGCAGCAGCCUCAGCACCUAUUCUCAGCGCAUCCCCAGUGGAAUCUACAACAGACUCGCAGCCAAUUUCUACAAGGAGCAAGAACAGAUAUGUGGGCUCUUGGAGAUGGAGACUUCGAUUUGGAUUCAACACAAUAAUCCUGAAUCUGCUGACUGCAUUCUCCCUCCACCUCAUUGAUAUAGGACCCCCCAAACCAAGCUUCAAUGUACUGUACAGAGGAAACAAAUUCGCAACAUCUCCCAUCUCACCCGAAUGGUUGAUUGUUUGGAACUUCUGUACCCUCUUCUGUGACUUGGUGAAGAAGCAAUUUCGUCAUCUUGAAUUCUGUAAUUUGUUCCUCUGUAAGAAACUCUGGACCUGGGUAUUGAAUGGUGGUCCAGUCCAGCUUUGGAGAAAGGGGUAGAGAUUUUUCCAGAGGGCAUUUCCAUGGCGUUCAGUUGGGCAAGUUUUCUUCUUUUGAUCCACAUGGCUCGAUGGACCGGAGGCAAUUCGAGAUGGGUAGGAUAGCUUUCUGAUGGAGUCUAGUAUAUAGA